AUGCUCCGUAGCGACGACUCGACGCACCUAGGGCAGCGGUUCAUUCCACGUUUACUCGACGAGUUUUCAUUCGAUGGCCCUAACGGGCAUCACGUUUGCCUCGUACAUACUGAGACUGCAAGGUCCAUCGCCGCUCAGCUCAUCAUGGGGGUUUCCUAUCUGCACUCCCGUGGAUUAUGUCGUGGUGAUCUACACACGCGAAACUUCCUCCUAUGCGGUCCAGAUUUAGACUGUCUCAGUCACAACGAGCUCUACAAUCGUUACCGCCUAGACAAGGCUCCCGUCAUGAGGGUUGAUGGCGCGGCAGUUGAACCUCACGCACCGCCAUAUGCUGUUUACCCAAUGCACAUCAAGAUGCCGGCAGUUACGAUAUCCGGCUAUGGGACCUCAUUCGUGGUUGCAAUCAAGCUAUCCCCCAAGCUUCAUACACCUGCUCUCUACCUUCCCCCCGAAGACUUCUUCAACGACCCCAUCACUCAAGCUGCCGACAUCUGGACACUCGCCGUCAAUCUCUACGAAGUCCUGCUCUCUUGGAAACAUUUGGCUGGGACCGAGAUGAUAUAA